UCAUGGCCCUGAGGCUGGAGAACAGCGACGGCUGCUCCGGGCGCCUGCAGGUUUUCUACAACGGGACGUGGGGCAGCGUUUGCUCCAGCUCCAUGACCAUCGAGACGGUGUCACUGGUGUGCAAGGAGCUGGGCUGCGGGAAUGAAGGGGAACUGGAAACAGAUUCUAACUAUGCCAAGCUGUCUGGCACCGCGUGGCUGGAUCACGUGGAGUGUGGGAAGAGCAACAGCUCCUUCUGGCAGUGUCCCUCUGCUCCCUGGGAUCCGCAGUCGUGUGAUGACCGUCGAGAAGAGACCAAUAUCACCUGCAAUGAAAGGCCGCAGGUGGCUGCAUGCCCCAACUCCACCAGCUGCACAGACAGGGAGAAGAUCCGCGCCGUGGGAGGCAAGGAUGGCUGCUCGGGCAGAGUGGAGAUCUGGCACCGCGGCACCUGGGGGACGCUGUGUGACAAUGCCUGGGACAUGUGGGAUGCCGAGGUGGCGUGCAGGCAGCUGGGCUGUGGCCCCGUGGUCUAUGCCCUGGGCCAGGCUGCUGCUGGAGAGGGGACGGGCCCCAUGUGGCUGAUGGAGUGCAGGGGGACGGAGCUGUCUCUGCAGGACUGCUGGGCCCAGCCAGGGGACAGCGGUGCCUGCCAGCAUAAGGCAGAUGCGGCUGUGCAUUGCUCAGCUUCACCCAGGACAGCAACACUCCCCCCACCAGCAGAUCCCCCACGGGGCUGUCCGACCACCAGCAGUGAGAGACUCUCGGUGCCUGUCGUCAUCUGCAUCAUCCUGGGGGCCCUCCUCUGCCUGCUCCUGGCCCUCCUGGCUGGGCAGGUGCGAAGCGCCAGGGUUCGGCGCAGAGGCUCCGGGAGAGCUGGGGAGCCCUUCCCUGAGGCCGUGUACAAGGAGAUCGCUUACAGCCUGGCAUGGGAGAAGCAGGCGAGGUUCAGUCUCUCAGAUGUCCCUGUCCUGCCCGGAGGUUACCCAGCAGAUGGCUAUGAUGAUGCUGGGGAGGUUUCUGACCCUGGAGAGGAUCCUGUCCCUGGGCAGGGGGACUGGGAAGCGCCCAGGACACCAGAGGGAGGAGAUGGGCUGAGGCAUGCAGUCACAGGAGGAAAAUAUGUUGACAGGCAGACUCGGCUCAUCAAUACGUGGCUCCGAGACUGGUGCCACCAGAAGAACUUUGGGUUUGUUCAUCAUGGGAAGGUCUAUGCAACACCAAGCCUCCUGGCAUGA